AUGGAUAUCAGAGAUGUUGGGCUAAUGGCAGCGUUGGGUGUGAGAGCUUUGGCCACCCCUCUGGCUGUCUUGUAUGAGGCCCGUUGUGGCCGACAGUUCGGCACUGACUUUCCGGAGCUUUCAUCAGACUCGCCAGGCCGAGAUCUGAUUGCUUCUUGGGCUGUCACUGGCUGGACUGCUGGCUGGAUCGAAGUGCGGCAAACAGCGACAGGGGUUUUCAUGGGCAUGGCAAUAGCCGGCAAUGGACAAAAGGCUCUUGUCUCGUUCCACGGAGUUCAGCAACCUCCAGCUCAGGGCCGAGCUCCAUCUUCGAGCUGCAGGUCGCGUGCUUCUACUCCACAUCUCGGUCUGAACAAGGCCGUUGUUUACGUCGAGGGGGGCGACACAGUAUCGGAACCGGCUCUGGAUCGUUUGUUGGAAGGGGUAGCGCUUGUUGUUCAAGUUGGUGUCGCGUGA